AUGAAUGGACGCGUUUUGCAGGUGAAGCAGGAGAACCCAGCAAAGAGGAAUCGUUUGAGCUGCGAGCUGAUCACUUCCACCCCACAGAGAAAUGACCUGUCAAGGAAAAGCAUCUACAGAGCUCGUAGGAGAAGCUCCAUUAAUGGAGCAACAACAAACCAUGACACGAGUAAGCCUGUCAGGCCUAAUGGGAAGUUGGAGGACUCAGAGGAGGUUGUGAGCAGUCCACCCCGUACCACCCUGCUUGGAACCAUCUUCUCUCCUGUCUUCAGCUUUUUUUCGCCAGCAAAUAAAAAUGGCUCGGAUUCACCAGGCCAGGCAGUGGAGGCAGAAGAGAUUGUAAAGCAGCUGGAAAUGGAGCAAGUAGAAGAGAUGCCCACCAGUACUGCCACAUCUAGAGAGCCCCUAAGUGUCCCUCUCUACACCAGUGCCAUGCCCUCAGCCUUCAGACCGCCAACUUCCAUACACGCACCUGAGUGUGAGGACACCACUCAUCCUGACCUUUCCCCUCUCACAGCUCCUGGCUCUCCUCCAACAGGGGGACAUGUGGACACUUCUAUCACUGUCCCGGCUGAAGGAUCCUAUGAGGAGGAGUGGGAAGUGUUUGAUCCGUAUUUUUUCAUCAAACACGUACCUCCACUAACAGAAGAACAACUGACUCGCAAACCUGCACUCCCUCUUAAGACUCGCAGCACUCCUGAGUUCUCUCUGGUUCUUGAUCUGGAUGAAACUCUUGUCCAUUGUAGCUUAAAUGAGCUGGAUGAUGCAGCAUUAACCUUUCCUGUCCUCUUCCAAGAUGUCAUUUACCAGGUUUAUGUGCGACUGAGGCCAUUUUUCAGAGAGUUCCUGGAACGCAUGUCUCAAAUUUAUGAGAUCAUUCUCUUCACUGCCUCAAAGAAAGUUUAUGCUGACAAGUUGCUGAACAUUCUCGAUCCGAAGAAACAGCUGGUGCGGCACCGAUUAUUUCGUGAGCAUUGUGUCUGUGUACAAGGAAACUACAUUAAGGAUCUAAAUAUUCUUGGACGUGAUCUGUCCAAGACUAUUAUUAUUGAUAACUCACCACAAGCCUUCGCUUAUCAGCUCUCCAAUGGAAUUCCUAUUGAAAGCUGGUUCAUGGACAAGAAUGACAAUGAGCUUCUGAAGCUUGUUCCUUUCUUGGAGAAAGUGGUGGAAUUGAAUGAGGAUGUGCGGCCACAUGUCCGUGAGCGGUUCCGGCUGCAUGACCUCCUUCCCCCUGACUGAGUGCUUACAGUGGAAUGAAACGAAACAAAUGCAGAUAUAUGCUUUGGAUUUUUGCCAUUAUUGUUAAAAGUAAUCUUUGUUCCCCACGUUUGAACUAUUAUGAUAACAAAACAAAAGUGUUGAUUCAUUUUUUUCCCCUCUGUGCAAUCAGAAGGAUU